GAACGUCUGCAUGUGCACUAGAUAUUUCAGAGCUGUACGUUCUUUUAUCCAAAUGCCAACUUCAAUUUCGGCUAAAGGCCCGCUUCAAAUUCAUUGGAUUUAGCUCCACUGCAAUCCAUGCUGUCCAUCAAGUGGCCAGUGAAUUAUAUAUCUAGUGAACCAAGAUGUUGCAAAACUGGAGUCACAUGUACAGCUACUACUACCACUGAGGAACCUGUUGAGAAGUUGAAGCCAGACAGCCUUUUCAUUGACAAGCGUGGCAAAUUGAGAAGUUUUAAUCGCAAAAGGGUUUCUAGACAAAAAGGGGGCUCUCUAAGGGGCAAAGGAUGGCAAUAUGGGUCUGGUUUUGUUGAUGGGAUAUUUCCAGUGUUGAGUCCCAUUGCUCAGAAGGUUUUAAAUUAUGUACGAAAGGAAGUGGAUGUACAUAGAGUUUGGAGUUCUUUAGACACUCUUCCUCAUUCUAAUAAUACAUGGGAUGACCUAAUCAAUGUAGCUGUUCAACUUUGGCUUAAUAAACAAUGGGAUCCAAUUAUACAGGUGUGCGAAUGGAUAUUGUACAGGAGCUCUUUCCAGCCGGAUAUCAUUUGCUACAAUUUGCUUAUAGAUGCUUAUGGGCAGAAAUCACUUAUUAAGAAGGCAGAAUCCAUAUAUGUAGAACUCCUUGAAGCUCACUGCAUUCCUACAGAAGAUACUUAUGCUCUUCUUACAAAAGCUUACUGCACAUCUGGCCAGCUAGAAAAGGCUGAAGCCAUCUUCACUGAGAUGCGACAACAUGGCCUUCCCCCAAGUACAGUAGUAUAUAAUGCUUAUAUUGAUGGUUUGAUGAAACUAAGAAAGGCACCAAAAGCUCUUGAGAUCUUUCAAAGGAUGGAGAGAGAUCACUGCCAACCCUCUACAGACACUUAUACAAUGCUGAUCAACUUAUAUGGGAAGGUGAAAUCUUAUACUUGGUUUAUCAUGCCUCUAGAUCCAUCAUCUUUUGGGGUCAUACCUCUCGAUGCCAUCAUCUUUUGGGAAUUUAAAUCAAGCUUUUCCACUUUGUCAGUCUCAAUUUGUUCCACCACUAGGGGAAUUAAUUCAGCAGAGAAAAAAUUUCUAAGAUUUCAUACAUGUAAAUUGAAGUAGUCAGACAAGGACAAUCCAUCUACUGCUGGUAAGUAGCAAGAUAAUCCAAAUUAGAAGAUGCAAUGCAUGUCUAUUGGAAGAGAGAUGCCAAUUAAUGAGGAAUUUGUUUAAUACCCAUAGUUGUUAUUUGAU